AUGCGCUUCGCGCCCGCCCUCGUCGCCGUCGCGGCGCUCGGCGGCAGCUACUCCCCCUUGGCACCUUUCGCCGCCGCCUCCGCAUCCGCAUCCGCAUCCACCACCGCCACCACCCAAGACCGCGACUGGGCACAAAUCAUCACCGCCACCUUCAAAAACAACAAGCCCUGCGGCGCCACCGCCAACGACGUCGACUGCCGCACCCCCGCCCAGGCCGCGCCGUUCGUCGCGCAGUCCUUCAGCGCCUACGGCCUCACCUGCCCCGCCGAGCAGGCCGCCGUGCUCGCCGUCAUGGCCCUCGAGUCGGGCGAGUUCCACUACAAGCACAACAUGUUCCCGCCGCCGGGCCGCCCGGGCCAGGGCACCGCCAACAUGCAGUCGCCGCUCUUCAACCUGCGCUACGCGAAAUCCAUCCCCGCGGUGGCGCCGCACGUCGCCAACGUCACCGAGGACAUGGUGACCGGUGGUGGUAAUGGCCUGCCCGCCGCGGAGCUCAACCGCAUCCUCGCCCUCGUCACCGUCGACGAGUACAACUUUGGCAGCGGCGCGUGGUUCAUGAGCUCGCAGUGCGCAAAGGCCGUCCGCAACGUGCUGCGCAGGACCCCCGACCAGGGCUGGCUCCAGUACAACGCCCAGUGCGUGGGGGUCCCUGGCGAUGACCCGGACAGGCUGGCCUACUGGACGCGGGCCAAGGCCGCCAUGGACAUUAAAUGA